CGACCAGUGUCAGAUUUCGAUCAAAAUUUGUAGCAACAGUAAACUAAACUAGAUUUUCCAAAUAUUGCGCAAGCCAGGAACAGAACUUUGCAGCUAAACUUUGUGAGUGGUGAGUGCAACAUGGCGUCGGGCAUUGUCGUGGCGGGCGAUUGUCGCAGCAUCUUUGAGGAAAUACGCAAGUCCAAGCAGCAUCGCUAUGUAAUCUUUAUGAUCAAGGAGGAGCGCCAGAUCGAUGUGGAAGUGGUGGGCACACGCGAUGCCAGCUACGAUGAUUUCCUCCAAGAUCUGCGCAAGGGCGGGGCCGAGGAGUGUCGCUAUGCUGUCUAUGAUUAUGCCUAUCAGCAUCGCUGCCAGGGCACCAGCAGCUGCCUGAAGGAGAAGCUCUUCCUGAUGCUCUGGUGCCCCAUGCAGGCGAAGAUUAAGGACAAAAUGCUUUACUCCAGUUCGUUUGCGGCUCUCAAAAAGGAAUUCAAUGGCGUGCAAAAAUAUAUUCAAGCCACCGAGCUGGACGAGGCGUGUCGCGAGUGUGUCGAGGAGCAACUGCGUGUAUCCGAUCGCGACUGAUCCCACAGACACAGCCAAGCCCAAAUUGCCAGUUAAAUUCGUUUCAAUUCAUUCAAAUAAAACAUUAAAAAACAAAAACUUC